AUGACCAUAGAGCCACCCUUGUAUUCUACGGACAACGUUUCCCUGAAAAUCGUACAAGUCCCCCUGCGAACAGGUCCUCCAACAAGGGAAGAGCUACUCGUGCACUAUCCAGCCAAGUUCACAUGGCACCAGCUAAAGACUUUCGUGAAUUCUGGGGAUCUCGGACUGUUAAAGCGUGACAAGGCGCUACAAAAGAGAUAUGAUGCAUGGUCUCCAGGGAUUGUGAAAGAGCAUGGUUCAAUGGUGAACUACCUUAUCAACCACCGUCUCCAGUGGGGAAAGCCGGAUACCCUUUCGCUCUUACCCUCAGCACUUGAUAGCGAUACCAGACCUAGGGACGUAUCCAUCUCUUCAUCCAAAUCUAAUCAGCCUCUCCCACCGCUUCCCCCAGACGCACCCGAAUAUUUUAAAGCUGAUAUCCCGGUUGACUCAGAAUUUAUCAGUAUCAUUCAAAAUGACUGGCCUUACUCCGUCCCUAUCGAGAUUGAACACACGCUCAUCUGGUCGCGAGUACCUAUCUUUCAUCUGGAUCUCAUCCCAGCGGAAAUCGAUGCACGGAUUCAACAGGAUGGACUGUGUGGGUUUACAGGCAACGACGAGCUUCCACCCUCACCAUCCACCCUACCGGAAUGUCUGCCUGCUCUAGUGGAGUGGGGAAUCACAAUGGAGAAUUUAGUUCGCAGCCCCAAGGGCAAUACAGAGAUCGAAGAGAUGGUGGGGAAUGCUGGAAGAGAAAUUGAUGGUUUUGUGAAACGAAGGUGGGUGGAGAGCGAGUGGGAGACUGCGUGGUUUGUCAAUCCCCCAAGACUACAAAGUGUUCGUGGACUAGCGCACAUACAUGUAUUCGCAAAGAAGAAGCAACACUUAUAG